AUUUUUUAAGUAGACUUGUAGUGAAGAGAUUAUGAGAGCACCCCCAAUCAUUUGCCCUUUGCCAAAGAAUAUCAGGUUUCAUCUCAGCUGCCUUCAUCAAGAACAAGAGGAGGAGCAAACCCAGAAACAGCUCCCAGAGAGAGAGGGAGGAAGAUCUGUUUCCAAUUACAGGAUGGUAGGAGGUGCCGGGGUUGCCGGGGUUGCUGUGUCUACUGGAACUGCCGCUGCCACAGGGGCGUAUGGUUGUUUUAAGCCCCACUUCGACUAUGUGUAUGAUUUGGACAAGAAUUAUAAGGAGCUCAACAAGGAGUCAGAUGAGCUUUCUGAAUUGAAAAGAGAUACAGAGAUACAUAUAAGCCAGAAUGAGAGUGCAAUGGAGAUGACAAACCAAUGCAGAAAUUGGUUACGUAACGUGAGGACGGCUGAAGGGAAAAUUCAAGAUCUUAAACAAAGAUACAAAAAAGCCAGCAAGUGUCUGUGUGGUAUGUGCCCUUUCUUGAAGCUCCGAAAGCUUAGCAAAAGCAUUUUUGACACAACGAAGGAUGUGGUUAAGCUAAAGACUAAAAUGAACGAACUAAAGCAAAAUGCCAAUGUAAUGACUACGAGGAGACCACCACCUCUUGCCACUAACAUUGUUGAGCUGAAUUCACUCACUAACAAUGCACAAGAGCUACUGAAUCUCCUUGGACAAAAAGACUUGAAGAGGAUUGGCAUUUUUGGAAUGAAAGGAGUAGGAAAAACAACUCUUUUGGAGAAGUUAUAUGCAGAAGCCGGCCAAAAUUGUAGGUUUGACAUUGCUAUUUUGGUAUCUUGUCAGGAAGAGGACAGUGUAAGGAAGUUACAAGAAUAUCUUUUGAGGCAGUUGGAACUAACUGUGAAUGAAAAUGACAGUACGAAGAAAGUUGGGGACAGAAUUUCUGAAAAACUAGAGAAUAUGGAGUAUUUAUUGCUUCUUGAUCAAGUUUUUUCAUGUAUUAAUCUACAUGAAGUGGGAAUUCGUGACUGCCAUAAGUAUGGUAAGGCUGUGUUUGCAUCUAGGGAAAAAAUUAUCUGCAAAGAGAUGGAUGCAAAUGAGUACUUUCAAGUCAAGCUCCUACCACUGGAGGAUGCAGUGGCUCUGUUCCAAACAAUUGUGGGUGACGUUGUUAGAACCAAUAAAACCAUAGAAGGAAUAGCUAAGAAAAUAGCCAAAGAAUUGGGGGGGCUGCCAUUGGCAAUAAAAGCAAUGGCAAUAGACCUGAAACAUGAGAAUUAUGUGUGUACGUGGCAAAAUGCAGUGUGGACUUUGCAACAGGCUAUCGAUGGUCCGCAACAACAUCUACAAGAAGUGUUCAAUAUCUUUGAACUCCUUUAUGGCCAAUUACAUGUUAACAUGAGGAGAUGCUUACUCUAUGCGGCGUUGUUUCCUGGAGGCUAUGAGAUUUACAAGGAUUAUCUUGUGGAGGGUUGGAAAGUUCAAGGGCUUAUUCGUGAUGUUCAAGGGGGCAAUGGUCAGACAUUUGAAGAUGCACGAAUUCGAGGGGAUUAUUUUCUGGAACAUUUAACAGAGUUAUCUUUGUUAGCGAAGUGUUUGAAGGAAAAAUAUAUUAAGAUGCCUGAACUAGUUAGAAACCAGGCACAUCACUUGUACCCAAAAGAAGAAGAAUGCCAAAUAGUAGUUGAAGCAUGUACGGAGGAAAAAGAGUGGAGGGACGCUGGAAGGAUUGCACUGAUGCAUAAUAGACCGCUCUCCUUGCCCAAGAAACCCAAAUGUGGCAAGCUCUCUACACUAUUACUUCAAAGGAAUGAUGAUUUGGAAAUCAUUCCAAAAUCGUUCUUCACUCAUAUGAAAAAACUUCAAAUUCUAGAUUUAUAUCAUACCAGUAUUAAAUUGUUACCGCCAUCUCUCUUCAGUUUGAUCGACCUCAAAGCAUUAUACCUAAAUGAUUGUCCCUGCUUAGCUGUGUUGUCAUCCAAGAUUGCAAAACUUCAGAAUCUAGAGAUCCUUGACAUCCGUGAAACUGGCAUUCGUAGUUUGCCAAUUGAGAUUGGAAAGCUGAAAAAUCUCAAAUGCUUCAGGGUUUCAUUUCCUUACAACGAUGCAAUUGCAGACAGUCCCGAAACCAACAUUCUCCAUUGCUGGAAACAUAAGAAACCAAGGGUAAUGAUUCCACCCAAUUUAAUUAGGAAGCUUCAUCUGCUUGAAGAAUUGACUAUCAUUGUAGACCCCAAGGACCAAAGUUGGAAAGGGAUUGCGGAUUAUAUUGCUGAGGAGGUGGCUAGCUUGAAACAUUUGACCAUUCGGCGUGUUCCUGGUCAAGCAUCACCAUCUGUAUAUGGAACACCACCCGAAGGAUCACCCUCAGUUAAUAGACAUGGGAUCAUCCGCAGUCAGCCGCUUGAUUGUGAUAAAGCUAUUCCACUUGCUAAUCUUAAUCAUAAUCAUAAUAAUGGGGAGAUUCAAGAGGCCUCUAGUUCCAAUUCCAUGACUGCAGCUGCUCGGCCGCUCCCACCCAGUGACCCAUCCCCAUCGACCUGGGCCAGCCAAGUGACCCAUCAUUCUCGGCUGUCAGUGAAAAAAUCCCAACCCACAGACCCAAAUGUGCUCUCUCCCUCUAUCAUGACCAAUAAUGGAUGUCCGGACUAGCUUGCGCGCACCUCGAUUAAUCUCUGGAGGGCGAACCCUACAGUUCACUAGCUAGGGGUAAAGCCAGAGCAAGGCUUGGUAUGGAUUAGCCAACGCAGGAAUUGAUAGCACUAAGAGGUUUUAAAGAGGUUUCACUACAUUAAUUAGUAACAAGUUUUAGUAACUUUCAUGUUUUGAGUUCUGCUAUCAAUCCCUCCCUCUCAUAUUUUCUGUCGAACCUAGACUUUUGGUCCCAUAAUUUGUCCAAAAUCAUUUAGUGUGAUAGAGAUCAAAUUGAUAGUGUGGAAUUUAUGAAUAAAAUAAAUUUGAACCAUUGAUUGCUAUUUCCAGAUAAAUUCGAAGUAAAACAUGAAA